UCAACUCCGUGUGCCCUUUCGAAACAUUUCUAUUUGUCCCUAUCUACUAUAAUUGCCUUUCGAAAUGUUUUUAUAAAUUCCUUGAUAUUUCGUCGUAAACGCGUGCUCGAACGGUAAAAUAUCCCAUAAUUGUCUGUGGGUGCGCGUGACAAUACACGCGAGGGGAUGCAUCUGUACGCGUACACCGAGUAACGAAUUACGGAAUUUGUUCCACUUGCUAAUAGAACAAUCUGCGAACGGGAUUUGUGACUGUUGUUUCACAGUGGAUAUUUCGUUCGAAUACCGUUGCAUUCGAAGGAGGUUCGUGUUUUUCUUGGCCGACAACUUUCUUGAGAAAGGAUUUUGAAACGAAAUGAGGAGACAAUCGAACAGUUCGAGCUUGAAUACCGGAAGUGGCGGUGAGCCACAGAUCAUCGUCGAAGAAAGCACGUUAGGAGAAGAGGAAGCAGAGCGACGUAGAAACGAAUCACCCCCUCGAUGCUUGGAUCCAGAUUCACCAUCCUUGAAUCCUUAUCUGUUGUCCCCUUGGAGAGAAGCCAGGAAGCAUUCUUUACCGACUCCACAAUGCACUUCCGGGAUAACCGCGUCCCAGGUGAGACGAUUAAGCGAACGUGGCGGAGAAGGAACAGCACUGUCUCCAAGAGAAGCAACGUUUUUCGCGACGCUGUCUCAAGCACCAGCCCCUCAACCAGGUGGACGAAGACACUCGGUUGUUACGAUUUCCAAGGUGCCACCGACCUUAUUCGGCCGUGAUCGACGCGAAUCAAUCGCAGCUUUUCCCUUGGGGGGCGCGACCAGAAUACUGCCCAGUCGGAGGGACUCGAAAUCCGGAAUAUCUGGACCACCCAGUAACAGCGGCAGUUCGCAUAAUCUUCAGUUGGACAUCCUGGAUGAUAUCACGGAAAUAAAAGCGAGAAAAGUACGACUGAAGAUGUACAAGACUUCGACAGAACAAGUGUGCGAGAUACAGCCAUUGGAGGGUAAUAGCUCCUCCACUCAGCGUUACACUCAAUAUCAAAAGAGACGAUUCUCUGAAUUGCCUCCACCCUCGGUGUCACCGACUUCUUCGCUCCGCAGACGAGCUUCGGAAGUUCCAAGGGCGUUGAGCGCUUCCGUAUCCGGAGCAGCGGGAAUCGUUUGCUCGAACACGGAUCUGAUAUCGAUUCUGAGCUCGUUGGCAUCGUCCGCGACGGAAAUCAACCGAUGCGGCGAAGAAACGAGCUCGCGAGAGGACAGCAAAUCAAGCUGGUCCGGCAAAACGACGGAACAGAAACGAAGUCGAUUAAAAAGCUUCCGUUCGAACAGCUUCGACGUGUCGAUACUUCACGGAGCUAAAAGUAAACUAGCCGGAUCCUCGAAGGCGACCGCGACCUCCAUUAUGGCGCCGUCCAAUUGGUUCACAAAGAGGCAUCAGCCUAAGUCGAAGAAACAGAAGCCGGAGGACCUGAUCACGGCCAGUCUGAACUUUAAGUUCGAUAAAUCGAAGGUCGUGAAAGCAGUCAAGGAAACCCUCGGGAAAACGUCGCCUACCAGCGAAAUUAGACACAAAGUGGUCUGGGAUGAUAGCAGCGGUACCAAGGUGGAUGCUCAGGUGUUAGGCAGUGCAAUCGAAAAGAUUUUAACGCAAAAAGGGGGCGACGCAGAGGCAUCUGGUUCGUCAAGUAAAGCUUCGAUAUCACCGAAUAAACCGAAAUCUAGUAAGGUAACGAGCUGGUUUACUGGCAGUAAUAAAGACCAAGAGCAAAAUGAAUCCUGCGAGCCUUCGAUUUGUUCUACCUUGAAAGAUCUGUUUGUUAAGUAGUAUGGGAAUCCUAAUGUAUUUCUAGCAAGAUUAAUUGACGGUUCUUCGUUUAAGCAUUUGUUCAAAGAUUAACCGUGACCUAACACUUGAAUUUUAUCGAUGACUGACAAUCUCCUUUAUGUUAUAAACUAUAUCGGGAAACCUAGUAAUUUAUAAUCAUUUUUUGUUUGUUUUAAACGUUAGAUUGAGAUGUUUCGUUUUAUUACCAUUCCUGUAUUAAGAUUUAUAAAGGAUAUUAAUACGAAAUAAAUAUAACAGAUUUAAGGAUGUAGUAACUGCAGAGAUAUAGCGUGGUCGUAAAUCUCAUUGAUCUGUAAAAGUCACGUACCUAGUUUAAUUGAGGUUUAAUUGUAUUGUUAGUUUUAGUGAUUAUCAGGAAAAAUAAGAAAUACCGAGCUUGAACAAACGUCCAGAACUGAUGACGAUAAUUAUAUUUGUUUAUUUUCUUUUCUUUCGUUGACAAAAAUUUACAUAAAAUUAUUCCAAAUAUUACUGAUUUUAUUGUCAAUUUCUUUUAUUGUUUAGAACCCUAUAGAUGCAAUUUAGAUACUGAACAUUAUAUUGAUUGACACCACUGAUCUUUUUAACUUGCUGAAAUUUACGACUGCGCCAUGUUUCUAUACUACACACUUUUUAUGCUACGUUUUUUACUGUUUAUAUUAGGUUUAUGGCAAUUGCAUUAAAAUAUUACAGCUUCAAUAUGGGAGGGUUACCAUAAUUGGUUCGUUUACGUUGAACGAUUGUAUAACCUCUGGCACAAUGUAACGAGGUUAAAAUGAACAAACAAAAAAAAACGGAAUUAAAAAAUUUCUCAAUUUAAGGUUUUCAAUUUGCAAGUUUAUAUUACUAACUUUUUGAGAAGCAAAUUAUAUCAUUUUGAAGUCACAGUCUUUUUAGAUUAAAAAUAUUUAUAAUUUUUUGGCAACUUUCCUUUAUAAACAUUUUAUUUCUCAUACAAAUUCCGAAACUCUUUCUGACUUUACAGAAACUUUGAUUCGUCAUUGAUCGAACCAUGCGAU